AUGGCUUCAGUUGCGACGAACGUCUUUGUCAACGGGCAGUGGGAAACCCGACAUGUUAACCUCGAUGAAAUCUUGGAGAAUGAUCGCCGGAAAACAGAGGCAGCGGCCAAGUCGAGGCAACAAAAACCACCAGAGCCCACGCCCACUCUCGGCCUUCUUUCUCGGACUAUCCUACGGAGUCCCAUAAUCAAUUGGAUUAUUCCUGCGAGAAUUCGCCAUAAAUACUUCAACGACGUCGUUUUCAUUGGCGAGGACUUUCUUCAUAUCAAGGAGAUAGGUUCUGAUGGCCAUCUUCGCCACAUUGCUUCCAAGACCGACUUCGACUCUCGCAUUAGGGCCGCCAGAUGUUUUGGAGAGCCAAGGAAGCCCGCAUUCAAUAGUCAGCUCAAGAGAGAAGCGAAUGGCGGCCUGAAAGAGGAGCCCUCCGAUGUCAUUCCACCACAGGUCCUUGUGCUGACGCUAGAAUCUCAGAGGGUUGUCUUCCUGUAUGCCCGCCAGGGUGCGGCUGGCUGUGUUACUUUCAUCCAGAGCACAAACCCCUUGCCAUUCGUCUCCUUCUUGGAAAAUCCUGGAAAGCAUCUGGCUGUCGAUCCCAAAUCUCGAGCCAUCGCUAUCGGCGCCUCCGAAGAACUCUUCUUAAUCUAUACUACGAAAAGUAUGGCUGCCUGGAGAAUGGACAUACUCAGCGCCCCUGAUACCGACCUCCAAGCGGCAUCCUUUUCAACGCCUAAAGUAGAGGAACGCGCAUUUAAGGUCGACAAAGGCGUUAUUCUGAAGAUGGAGUUUCUUUCGCCGGCUGCGAGCGAUGUUGACAGGGUCGUGCUUCUCGUCCUGUUUUCCAUUGGAGGGAGAACAAAAAUGUCUUGUUAUGAGUGGGAUGCAAAUUCGACUAUACUCGGACCACAAUCUUCAGUUGUUGUUCGAUUAGACAAGUAUCCGCUAGAUAUCGAAGAUGCGCAUCCUCUCUUCCUGAUACCUCUCCGUCAGUCUCCCGACUUCCUUUUGGUAGGUGAGCACAUUAUAUCUUUGUAUCGGGAUGUUUUAACUGGCUCUCCUCGGCGGCACGGAAAUAAAUCCGAGCCCAAGAUAUUACGAUACUCUGGUAGCUCAAGACGCAAACCUUUGUUGACGCACUGGGCGCGGACAGCCCGCAAUUGGGAGCCGGAGGGCAAACUAGAUGAGAGCAUAUACCUUGUCAGAGAAGAUGGAACAGUUCUCUAUGCUGUGGUACACCCGAACGCUUCUCUCGUUGUCGUCACGAGCGCCGGACAACUUAACUGUAUAGUGGACUCUGCUUUUGCAAGUUUAAACGUCGGUUUCUCUCUCAUGAGCCCCGACGUCUUGAUUGCCGCAGGAGACAUGAGCCACGGAGAGAUUGUCAAAAUUGGCCAGUGGAGUAAAGGAUCCCAAAAGAUGUUCACACGGACCGAGAGCAUGGAGCUUGAGUAUAUUGAAUCUUUACCAAACUGGACGCCUUUGAUGGACACCGUCGUUUCCAGACUCCCAGGCGUCAAAUCGAAAUAUGAAAGGUCGCGUGAUACCAUACUUACAACAAGCGGAAGAGCACCUUACGGAUCGAUAUCUGAAAUACGAUAUGGACUGAAUGCUCGUAUCUGGGCAGAAGCAGAUCUAUCCGGUAGUCUCGGAAAUACAGGCAUGUGGGCACUAUUCGAUCCAACACAGGAGGGAGUAUUCUUCCUUGUGUCUCACCCUUGGCAAACUCGGCUAUACCACCUCUCUAUUGAGUCAAUGGAGGUGUCCGAGAUCGAAGAGCAAAACUGCGAUCUGGAGCUGAACAAGGAAACCUUCGCGGCAUGCACGCUAAGUCUUGAAUGGGCCGUUCAAGUAACAGAAAAUGCUCUGCACCUGCUAUCUAUCUCCGCCGAGAACCCCCAAUUUCGUCGAGUAACUCGCCACGACUUCCCGUCGGACCGCCCAGUACGCGCUGCGACUGUGGAUAGUAGAUGGCCAUUGAUAGUCCUUGCAACUAGACAAGGUUCAGAGUUCGGUCUUGAGCUCCGCCAUUUUGCGGAGCCAGGUGAUGGCACUGGCUGUCCAAACACCAGUCCAUCCUUUGUCUUCCAGGCACAGAUACCUCUGUCGGCAGAGCCAACCUGUGUGCAGCUUGUUGACAUCCAUGGGAAGCCCUAUGUUUUCGUGGGAACCAGAAACGCCGAAUUGCUGCUUUUUAGUCUUGCUGGAGGGGAUUUUGUUCUUGUACUGGAGAAGCAGGUGGAGGCCGGCUUCAUGCAAGGCAUACCUGCGGUGUGCGAGAGCGUUGCCCUACUCUCCUCUGAUGAGCGUGGAGAAUACACCUUGGUCUGCGGAAUGAGGAACGGCUGUGUCUACAAUUUGAAUCUAGAAGAACAUCAUACGAACCCAACCAUCUCGGCUACUAAUGCCACGAUCAUCCCAAUGGGCCAUACCUCGGCUAGGGUCAUUCAGUGCUUCUCGGAGCCAAGUACUGCCUUUGUGAUGUGCGGCUCGGAAUGCUGCCGGUUGAAGCGUAGUGAGACAAACGACUCUACCAUCCGGUACGAAACAGAUAACAUCUGGUUCACAGAUCAAGGAAAUCCUGCGCUGCAACAACCUGCUGUAUCUGCGCUUUCUCAGGUUCCGCACUGGCCAAGAAUUUCGCCUGAGGGAUUUUCACUUGGAGGAUCUCUCCUGGCUAUUUCGGAUUCGACAUUUUUCCUUGCUCAACUUGAAGACGAGGUCAAAGCUGUACCGCGACGGCUAUUGAUGCGGGAUACGCCAUAUAAGCUAAUAUAUUCCCCUCACUUGAAGAUGAUGGUAGUCGCGGCGUUCAGGAUCAAAGAAAAGAAGGGAAAAAAAGGAUUCGGGAUAGGGGGUUUUCGAAGCGUUCGGUCUGUCAUCCAGCUCAUUCGCUCUGAUAGCUACGCUACUGCUGGCGAUGAUGAUGACGAGAAUACUGCCAUGGAAGAUGAGCCCAAAAGUGAAUCUGAUAAAACUCUCAUUGCUGGCGAAUUCGUACUGUAUCCUCACGAGAAAGUCUAUGCUUUCUUGGAAUGGCACUGGGAAGAGGGGACUAAAAAGCACGACUUUCUUGUCGUUGGCACAGGAAUCACCAAUGCAAACGGGGACUUAUCUGGACGCCUGAUUUUCUUGCAGAUUAAGUUCGACGGCCAAGGCAAGGCGGAGUUCCGGGAAAGCAAGAAAAGAGACUUGAGACAUCCCGUCUUUGCUAUCGCAAAUUAUGACGAGCGGCACAUGAUUUAUACUUGUGGAACGACGGCUCAGCUUGAAGAGUUCUCGGCGGUAGAGAGCAGAUGGCUUCUGGUUUCACAAUACACUCUUCCUUCGCCUGGACUUCACAUCACUGUCCAAGGACCCAGCAUUUACAUAUCGACUGCUCAAGACUCAGUUUACGCGUUGGGAAUUGGGCUAUCGUCAUCAAGCAAACCUAUCCUACAGCCCUUCUUCAGCGACGCAGGAACUAGGAACACACUCAAUCACCUCACCAUUAGGCUUCCUCCAAUCAAAUUUGACGUUGAUAGGCAGACUACCGAAGCGGCGUCUUCAUCCCCUCCUGCAAAAGCUCCUCGGACCUUGAUCCUCAUUUCAGACAAAUCCUCCACUCUUGUCGGACUCCUCCAACCAUCCCAGGAAGCUUUGAAGAACGCAGCAUCAACCCUCUUCGAAGCUCGCCUCCCCCGAUGCGUGACCCGCCUCCGCCGCGGCGCAAUCAGGCCCUCCUGGCGACGCUAUCAUCCCAAAUCCUUCGACACUUCUCACCUCGGCGUCCCCCAACGCGAUCUUUCUGCCGACCAUCCAGAAGACCCACCAACAACCUCACCGGUCUCCGGCAUCCUCGUCGACGACAUCAUCGGCACAGCCGUCGACGGGACUCUCUUCGCCUUUUCCAUCCUCGACCAGCCCGCCUGGCGUCUGCUCAAAUUCCUCGAAACCCUCAUCACCGUCACCGAGAGGCAAUAUGCGAGUGCAAGAGUAAGCUGGACCCACAUAAGCCUGCAGGACGUGGUCGAGGGCAUGGAGAAAGACAAAGGCCACCCCAAACCCCCAUAUUUCCACGUCAACGGCGAUCUACUAGCCUCGCGCAUCACGGAGACUCGCGCGCCGGUGACAGAGCUCCGUAUACUGCUCUUCGACGGCCCGGAGGAGGAGCUCCGCGUCUUCUUCUUCAAACUCGCCGCGGAGUUUUUGCCUGCGGAGAAGCCAGGCGAGGGUCUUGAAACAUGGCUUAUCGAGCGCUGUGUGGAAUGGUUAAGGGAGGUGCUGGAUGCGGUGUUGUAGACAGCUCGCGAUCCAUGGAGUCGACUCAUGGUAUGAUUAAUGCCUUUGGGGGG